AUGGCGGACAAUAGUGACGUCAUAGACGUCACGUGGCCUGUAUCGAACUCCGGUGGAGUGUACUCCGAGUCAGACUCCGGUGGAGUGUACUCCGAGUCAAACUCCGGUGGAGUGUACUCAGAGUCAGACUCCGGUGGAGUGUACUCCGAGUCAAACUCCGGUGGAGUGUGCUCCGAGUCAAACUCCCGUGGAGUGUAUUCCGAGUCAGACUCCGGUGGAGUGUAUUCCGAGUCAGACUCCAGUGGAGUGUAUUCCGAGUCAGACUCCGGUGGAGUGUGCUCCGAGUCAGACUCCGGUGGAGUGUACUCCGAGUCAGACUCCGGUGGAGUGUACUCCGAGUCAGACUCCGGUGGAGUGUACUCCGAGUCAGACUCCGGUGGAGUGUACUCCGAGUCAGACUCCGGAGGAGUGUGCUCCGAGUCAGACUCCGGUGGAGUGUGCUCCGAGUCAGACUCCGGUGGAGUGUACUCCGAGUCAGACUCCAGUGGAGUGUACUCCGAGUCAGACUCCGGUGGAGUGUACUCCGAGUCGGACUCCAGUGGAGUGUAUUCCGAGUCAGACUCCAGUGGAGUGUGCUCCGAGUCAGACUCCGGUGGAGUGUACUCCGAGUCAGACUCCAGUGGAGUGUACUCCGAGUCAGACUCCAGUGGAGUGUAUUCCGAGUCAGACUCCGGUGGAGUGUACUCCGAGUCGGACUCCAGUGGAGAGAACAGAGAGAAAUUUCUCUGUUCCUGUCUUCAGCUGCAGGUGUUGUAUGGAGUCGUUCUUUUGUUGGGGGCCAUUAACGGAGAAGAAGCCAGACUUCAACCCCCGGACAGGGUCCGAAAACUAUCCAAGAACUGUGGGACAAAGUUCGUGAGGUAUGCGAUCGUUACUGCGGUUCGAGUAGAUGUUGGGGUGGAAAGUGUUCAAGCCAAACGCCAUUCUCACAAGCAAUUAUUCUCCGUAGACGACAUGGGAGAAGCAUAG